UUUGAUCAGAACAUUGCGGACAGUAUGGUUUGAGUCACAAGGUUCAUGUGAGAGCUUAUACACAGUUUAUUGGGUGUUUAAAGGCUGGGUGGUGAUGGCGGUACACCGCCCGUCCUUUUUAGCAGUUGUGCUGCUUCUGGCUUCCUUGGAUCUCUGGUGCUCCUCUUCUUCACCUCCCUGUCCUAAAUCCUGCACCUGUCAAAGAGCCUCGCUGCUGAACUGCUCCUCCUCUGGCCUGUCAUCGGUGCCCCAGUUCAUCCAGGACUCGAUCACCGAGCUGGACUUGUCUCACAACCUCCUCAGCUCUGCGACUUUUGAUCAACCUCAUCCCAGCCUCAGGAGCCUGUGGCUGGGAAACAACAGCAUCCCAUAUUUGUCUCUCUGCAUAGAAACACAUGUUAGGGGUCGACAUCGCAGGUUUCAGUCGGAAACUGGGAGCGGAUCGGGAUGUCAGACCUGGGCCCCCGCCCUGCAGCUGCUGUCAGCUGAGAGGAAUCUGCUAGAGCAGCUGCCAGAGGGGCUGGACACUAUCAAAUCUUUGCAGAUUGUACAGCUGUCCUUCAACAGGAUUUCAAACCUUAAACCGGGAAUCCUCAGUGACCUUCAUCAACUCCAAGAGCUUCAUUUACAGCACAACUUUAUUACACAUCUCCAUCCAAAACUGUUCCACAAUUUGGAUCAACUCAAGGUCCUUGACCUGAGCUUCAACAUGUUGACAAACAUGCAGCAAUUGACAUACCUCACUCUGCGCAAUAUUGGAGCAGAUGUUAAGUUGAGUGGAAACAGGUGGCGCUGUGAUUGCAACGCUCGAAAUCUAAAAAGGCAGAUGACCUAUGACAGUACCAGAGGCCUGCAGGCCUGGAACAUCAUAUGUGCUUUUCCUUCCACCGUCUCGGGCAAAGAUCUUCUACAGCUGAAUGAGGAGGACCUAAAAUGUUUAAGUAGUGAAAACAAACCAAAUCUUCACCAAGAUCUGACAGUCUACAGUGGAGCUGAGAUCUUACUCUUCUGCUCAGAACAAGAGUCAGCAUGGUGGACUCCAAGUGGUCUAGCAUCUGUGGACCAGCAUGAAGCUCGUCUUCAUAUCAGAGAGUUUUCAGAGGGAGAUGCAGGACUUUAUGUGUGUGUUUCUGAAGAAGACCAAGUUCUGUCUGUUUUUAAUCUCCAAAUCAGUGAAACAAGGGAGGCCAGAAAAGUAAGAAGUUUACCCAGGGCCCAAAACACUAGCAGCAAAACAGCUCAAACCUUUACACCGGGAGACUUAGCUCUGGGAGUGUGUCUAUCAAUUUUAUUCACAUUUCUGUUAGCGUUUAUUCUCGGAGUCCUGGCCAGACCUUGUAUUGAUAGGCUUUGGAGAAGGGUCUCGAAAAAGGAAGCUCGCCGUGAAACUCAUACAGCCACUUCAGUUCAACGGGGACAGUACGAAAACCAUGCGUUUUCCAAUGCAGAGGAGCGAGAGGCAGAACAUCACAGGGAAAGAAGAGUCACAUUUAGCAGUGUAGAAUUUACAGAGGAAAGCAACGUGCAAUAUUAUGAUACUGUUGCACAUGGAAAUCAGGAGAGCUUUAGAAGCAGUGAGUUGUCUGAGUAUCAAGAAGGGGUUGACAUGCAUAAGUAUCGCAAGGACAAACAAAGUGAUGACAGCAGCUCAGCAGAAAUGGCUGCAGAACGCCUCCGCAACAUGAAGUUUGAACACAUUCCAGAUCCAGAUGAGCUAGAGGAGAGAAGAAGCAGUUCAUCCUCAUCAUCCUCAAAUUCCUCUCAAAAUGCAUCAGAAGCAGACCAAAGGACCAGAGACCACACAAAGCCAAAGUCUCUUCAGCUGGUAGAAGAGUCACUGAAGAGAGCAGAUUUUUCUAAAACCACAAAAACAAAAACCCAACUCAACAGAUCAUCUUCCCCUCAAACAAAUAAGACACACCAAGCAAGCUCUGAAGACUCUCAGGGUGAUGAGGAACAAUUUGAAUUCAGCGAUGUUGCUCAAAGUCCAUCCAGUAAUAUAGGCAGUGUACCCGUUUCUUUUUCUUCAAAUGUGCAUCAAGUCAAGAACAGCUAUGAUUCAAAAAGACCAGAGGAAACACAAGAUAAUUCUCUCUCAUCUGAUUCCAGCUACAGUAACAAGGAUGCAACACAGACUAAAAUCAAACAAAGAACAGACAAGAAGAGAAGAAAAUUUGCACUAAAAUCAAAACCUGCAACUCAUUCAUCUUCUUCAGACAGUGAAAGCGGGGAAAAUAUCUCUUAUGUCAAUGUUAAAAGCAGAACCAAUACUCAACAACAUUCAUUCCAAACAUCUACAACACAAGUUUAUAAUUCAGAUGGAACUUGGCCUGCUGUAGAUCUUGAGCACAUUCCUUCUCUCAAGAGGCGUCUUGAUAUCAAAGCACUAUUAAAAAGUUCUGGUUCAUCUUCUAGUAGUGACAGUGAGUACAAAAUAAGAGGACACAUGAUAAAACAAAAGCAAGAGGCGAUGUCAGAGCUUCCAGUUGAAGUUUCUCCUAAAGUAAGUUCUGAACGAGAAAGCCAUUGGCCUCCACCUGAUCUUAGAAAAACAUCAUUCCAGAAACCUCUAGAUAUCAUGACACCAUCAACAGACUCCAAUUCAUCUUCUGCCAGUGACAGUGAUGAUAAAAGGAAAUACCAAAUGGCAAAACAGAAGGAAAAUGAAUUACCUAUAUUAAAUGUUUUGGCACACAGAUCCAAAGCAAGCCAAAAGCAAGCAAAGCAUUGGCCUAAACUGGAUUUUGGAAAAGUAAUACGGAUAAAAAGGCGCCUGGAUAUCAAAGCACCUAGAGCAGAAUCAGAGUCAUCAUCAAGUAGUGACAGCGAGGACGAAACAAGAGGCUAUGUGAUGAAACAACAUGAAAUGGUUAUGUCAAAGCUUCCAGCUAAAGAUUCCCCAACAUUGAGACCUAAAUUCAAGAAACCUCUAGAUACCAAGGCACCAUUAACAGACUCUGAUUCAUCUUCUGCCAGUGACAGUGAUGAUAAAACAAAAUACCACAUGAUAAAGCAGAAGCAAGAGGAGUUACCUAUAGUAAAUGUUUCAGCCAACAGAUCCACAGCAAGUCAGAAUCCAGAUAACCAGUGGCCGGCACUUGAUUUUGGGAAAGUAACAAAGAUAAAACGGCACCUGGAUAUCAAAGCACGAAGAGCACAUUCAGAUUCAUCAUCGAGUAGUGACAGUGAAGAUGAAACAAGACAAUAUGUAAAGACACAAAAGCAAGAGGAACUGGUUAUGUCAAAGCUUCCAACAAAAGUUUCCCCAACAAUGAGACCUAAACCAGAAAACCGUUGGCCACCACCUGAUCUCACAAAAACAGAACUCAAGAAACCUCUAGAUACUAAGGCACCAUUAACAGACUCAGAUUCAUCUUCUGCCAGUGACAGUGAUGAUGAAACAAAACACCAUAUGACAAAACAGAAGCAAGAGGAGUUACCCAUAUUAAAUGUUUUGGCCAACAGAUCCACAGAAAGUCAAAAGCAAGCAAAUCAUUGGCCGGCACUUGAUUUUGGGAAAGUAACAAAGAUAAAAAGGCGCCUGGAUAUCAAAGCACCAAGAGCACAUUCAGAUUCGUCAUCAAGUAGUGACAGUGAAGAUGAAACAAGACAAUAUGUGAUGACACAAAAGCAAGAGGAACUGGUUAUGUCAAAGCUUCCAACUAAAGUUUCUCCAACAUGGAGACCUAAGCCAGAAAACCGUUGGCCACCACCUGAUCUUGCCAGAACAGAAUUCAAGAAACCUCUAGAUACCAAGGCACCAUUAACAGACUCUGAUUCAUCUUCUGCCAGUGACAGUGAUGAUAAAACAAAAUACCACAUGAUAAAGCAGAAGCAAGAGGAGUUACCUAUAGUAAAUGUUUCAGCCAACAGAUCCACAGCAAGUCAGAAUCCAGAUAACCAGUGGCCGGCACUUGAUUUUGGGAAAGUAACAAAGAUAAAACGGCACCUGGAUAUCAAAGCACCAAGAGCACAUUCAGAUUCAUCAUCGAGUAGUGAGAGUGAAGAUGAAACAAGACAAUAUGUAAAGACACAAAAGCAAGAGGAACUGGUUAUGUCAAAGCUUCCAACAAAAGUUUCCCCAACAAUGAGACCUAAACCAGAAAACCGUUGGCCACCACCUGAUCUCACAAAAACAGAACUCAAGAAACCUCUAGAUACUAAGGCACCAUUAACAGACUCAGAUUCAUCUUCUGCCAGUGACAGUGAUGAUGAAACAAAACACCAUAUGACAAAACAGAAGCAAGAGGAGUUACCCAUAUUAAAUGUUUUGGCCAACAGAUCCACAGAAAGUCAAAAGCAAGCAAAUCAUUGGCCGGCACUUGAUUUUGGGAAAGUAACAAAGAUAAAAAGGCGCCUGGAUAUCAAAGCAACAAGAGCACAUUCAGAUUCGUCAUCAAGUAGUGACAGUGAAGAUGAAACAAGACGAUAUGUGAUGACACAAAAGCAAGAGGAACUGGUUAUCUCAAAGCUUCCAACUAAAGUUUCCCCAACAUGGAGACCUAAGCCAGAAAACCGUUGGCCACCACCUGAUCUCACAAAAACAGAACUCAAGAAACCUCUACAUACUAAGGCACCAUUAACAGACUCAGAUUCAUCUUCUGCCAGUGACAGUGAUGAUGAAACAAAACACCAUAUGACAAAACAGAAGCAAGAGGAGUUACCAAUAUUAAAUGUUUUGGCCAACAGAUCCACAGAAAGUCAAAAGCAAGCAAAUCAUUGGCCGGCACUUGAUUUUGGGAGAGUAACAAAGAUAAAACGGCGCCUGGAUUUCAAAGCACCAAGAGCACAUUCAGAUUCAUCAUCGAGUAGUGACAGUGAAGAUGAAACUAGAAAAUAUGUGAUGACACAAAAGCAAGAUGAACUGGUUAUGUCAAAGCUUCCAACGAAAGUUUCCCCAUCAAUGAGACCUAAACCAGAAAACCACUUGCCUUACCCUGAUCUCACAAAAACAGAACUCAAGAAACCUCUAGAUAUUAAGGCACCAUCAACAGACUCUGAUUCAUCUUCUGCCAGUGACAGUGAUGAUGAAACAAAACACUAUAUGACAAAACAGAAGCAAGAGGAGUUACCCAUAUUAAAUGUUUUGGCCAACAGAUCCACAGAAAGUCAAAAGCAAGCAAAUCAUUGGCCGACACUUGAUUUUGGGAAAGUAACAAAGAUAAAACGGCGCCUGGAUUUCAAAGCACCAAGAGCAUAUUCAGAUUCAUCAUCGAGUAGUGACAGUGAAGAUGAAACAAGACGAUAUGUGAUGACACAAAAGCAAGAGGAACUGGUUAUGUCAAAGCUUCCAACUAAAGUUUCCCCAACAAUGAGACCUAAACCUGAAAACCGUUGGCCUUACCCUGAUCUCGCAAAAACAGAACUCAAGAAACCUCUAGAUACUAAGGCACCAUUAACAGACUCAGAUUCAUCUUCUGCCAGUGACAGUGAUGAUGAAACAAAAUACAAUAUGACAAAACAGAAGCAAGAGGAGUUACCCAUAUUAAAUGUUUUGGCCAACAGAUCUACAGCAAGUCAAAAGCAAGCAAAUCUUUGGCCAGCACUUGAUUUUGGGAAAGUAACAAAGAUAAAAAGGCGCCUGGAUAUCAAAGCACCAAAAGCACAUUCAGAUUCAUCAUCAAGUAGUGACAGUGAAGAUGAAACAAGACGAUAUGUAAAGACACAAAAGCAAGAGGAACUGGUUAUGUCAAAGAUUCCAACUAAAGUUUCCUCAACAAUGAGACCUAAACCAGAAAACCGUUGGCCACCACCUGAUCUCGCAAAAACAGAACUUAAGAAACCUCUAAAUACUAAGGCACCAUUAACAGACUCUGAUUCAUCUUCUGCCAGUGACAGUAAUGAUGAAACAAAAUACCAUAUGACAAAACAGAAGCAAGAGGAGUUACCCAUAUUAAAUGUUUUGGCCAACAGAUCCACAGAAAGUCAAAAGCAAGCAAAUCACUGGCCAGCACUUGAUUUAGGGAAAGUAACAAAGAUAAAAAGGCGCCUGCAUAUCAAAGCACCAAGAGCACAUUCAGAUUCAUCAUCAAGUAGUGACAGCGAGGAUGAAACAAGAGCCUAUGUGAUGACACAAAAGCAAGAGGAACUGGUUAUGUCCAAGCUUCCAACUAAAGUUUCUCCAACAAUGAGACCUAAACCAGAAAACCGUUGGCCUCCACCUGAUCUGGAAAUAAAAGAACUCAAGAAACCUCUAGAUACUAAAGCACCAUUAACAGACUCAGAUUCAUCUUCUGCCAGUGACAGUGAUGAUGAAACACAAUACCAUAUGACAAAGCAGAAGCAAGUGGAGCCUAAUAUAGUAAAUGUUUCAGCCAACAGAUCUACAGCAAUCUCAAAUAAAUUCUCCUUCUGCAAGUGA